UCUUCCUCGCCGCACCCGCUUUCCCCCUCGUUUCAAACCCUUGGGUGGCGCCAUGCUCGCCUCCAGAGCGCUCCGCGCCCUCUCCGUCUCCGGCGGCCUCUCCUCUCUCUCCGUCCGGCGAGGGGUCUUGCCGCGUUGGCUCCAUCGAGAUUAUUCGGAAAAGAGAGUGGAGGAAUCCAGUUUCAUUCAUCCAACUGCUGUUGUUCAUCCCGACGCUAUUCUUGGGCAGGGUGUUUCCAUUGGCCCUUUUUGUACGGUGGGAUCUGCGGUAAAGAUUCGUAAUGCUUGCCAAUUGCAUGCAGGGAGCCAUAUCAUGGGGAACACGGAGUUAGGAGAACAUUGCACUGUUCUAAAUGGUGCUAUUGUUGGCGCAGAUAUACCAGGUAGAACAAUCAUUGGAAAUGACAAUGUUAUCGGACACCAUGCAGUGGUUGGAGUAAAGUGCCAAGAUUUGAAAUAUAAGCCAGGGGAUGUGUGUUUUCUAUAUGUUGGCAGCAACAAUGACAUCAGAGAGUAUAGUUCCAUUCAUCGAUCUUCUAAAUCAAGUGAAUCAACGGUUAUUGGUAACAACAACCUUAUUAUGGGAUCUUGUCAUAUUGCUCAUGACUGCAAGAUUGGUAACAGCAAUAUUUUUGCUAAUAAUACUCUAUUAGCCGGCCACGUCAUGGUGGAAGACUAUGCUCAUACUGCAGGGGCUAUUGUUGUUCAUCAAUUUUGUCAUAUUGGAUCAUAUGCUUUUGUUGGUGGGGGUUCUGUGAUUACACAAGAUGUACCAAAGUACAUGCUGGUUUCUGGCGAUAGAGCAGAGCUUCGUGGUUUGAAUCUAGAGGGUCUUCGACGUCAUGGAUUUUCAAGCAUGGAGGUUAGAGGCAUGAGGAGAGCUUACCAAAAGAUAUUCAUGUCUAGUGAUAUGAGCCUGGGGGGCCUGGAGGACCGUCUUGCUGAAGUGGAACAAGACAAAGACUUGGCUGAAUUUCCUGCUGUGUCAUCUAUGGUGCAAUCUAUCCGCAGUUCAUUUCAGCAACGUCGUCGUGGAAUAUGCAAGUUCAGAAAUUGGAGUGGUUCUUGAAGACUUGAUAAAGGUUUCGGUGGUUCAAGCAAUAUAACAAUGAUGGAUUCAAGUCCAGCUGUCAUGUCUUCUUCCUUCGAGUUUGUUGUAUUAAGUCAGAGUUGAAAACCUUCAUUUUAUGCCUGUAAUAGUUCAAAGUAUAUUGUAAAAAGAACCUUCUCCCUUCAUUCCUGCGUGGGGAUGGUAGGAAUCAGUCACUGCCAACUACUAUAGGUGUACUCUAAUUCAUUGUAUUUCUUUCAUGGUGGCUUAUGUGCUUCGGUUUGUUCUGGAGAGCUUCCCUGGCCUUGGCAGUGCGAUUUACUUUACACUCCAUCUUCUCUAUUUCUUCAUCAAUUUUGUGCUCAGAUUUGUCAACUCCCUAGUUUGUAAUCGUUCUUCAGGAUGUAACCAUGUGGGACCCGUAAUUAACGAGCUUAUAUUACAAUGCUGAA